AUGGGUCGCGUCAUCCGCAAUCAGAGAAAGGGUCGUGGCUCUAUCUUCACGGCCAACACCCGCCUCAGGAAGACCCCAGCUCAGUUCAGAACUCUCGACUAUGCUGAGAAGCAUGGUUUCAUCCGCGGCCAAAUUCUUGAGAUAGUCCACGAGAGUGGGCGUGGAGCUCCAUUGGCAAAGGUGCAAUUCCGUGAUCCAUACCGGUACAAGAAGCACACCGAGACAUUUAUUGCGAACGAGGGCAUGUACACCGGACAAUUCAUCUACGCCGGAAAGAAGGCCAACCUGACAGUCGGAAACGUCCUCCCUCUCGGCGCAAUCCCCGAAGGUACGGUCAUUUCAAACGUGGAGGAGAAGCCUGGUGACCGUGGUGCUCUGGGACGUACAUCUGGUAACUAUGUUACGGUCAUUGGCCACAACCCUGAUGAGGGCAAGACCCGAGUCAAGCUCCCAUCCGGAGCCAAGAAGGUCGUCAGCAGCGGUGCGCGUGGUAUGAUUGGUAUUGUUGCCGGAGGUGGAAGAACUGACAAGCCCCUGUUGAAGGCUUCCCGUGCUAAGCACAAGUUCGCUGUCAAGCGCAACUCAUGGCCCAAGACUCGUGGUGUUGCUAUGAACCCCGUCGACCAUCCUCACGGAGGUGGUAACCAUCAACACAUCGGUAAGGCGUCAACAAUCUCAAGAUACGCCGCACAAGGUCAAAAGGCGGGUCUUAUUGCUGCUCGGAGAACUGGUCUGCUGCGUGGUACCCAGAAGGUCAAGGACUAG